CACCCAAGGACUCCGGAGCUGCGCCACCAGUGAAGGUUCUCAGCCUAGCCACCAAGCGUUUCGAUCUCGUACCCGCCAAGAAAACCCCGUUUGUGGCGGCAUCCGGCGAUCGCCGCCGGGAGCGUGGUGGUGUAACAAACGCGGACCUUGACCAAUUCGAGCGACGCGUGAUGGCGAGGUUUGCCGAAAUGCUGUCGGCCAUGGGUCGGGGUGCUGGCCAAUCCCUCCCAAUCGGAGCGCCUGCAACAACACCUCCCCAUUCUGGCCCGAGCACCAGCUCGUCGGAAGGCCUUCCCUCUGGCAAUAGUCCCCUGGCAAACCACCGCGAAAUCGUCUACAAAGCCGUAGUCGACUUCAAGGAACUUGCUAGGCGUGUAGCAACACAUCUUUGCUUCAACAUUGAAGCCUCAAUGAUUCAGUUCUACCCAUCUGCGGAGGAGGCCUUAGAUCAUGGGUUUAGCGAGUUUGUGUCGCCGCAGUUCGAGUGGCCAAUCCUUAACAAUGCGCCCGAUGGGAAGUUGAGCGGCAAGUGGGAGUACAAUCGGAUCCAGUACGAGGAGAUGUGCACCCGUGUGAAGCGGGAGGUCGAGAUCGCUGUCAUGGACCAUGGUGUCCCAUACGCCAGCAACACGAACACAUUCAACUUCCCCAACGGCGUCUACAUCGACGCGUCUGACAUGGAGACCCUUGUCACCAGGGUGCAGCUUUGUUGCAUCACUCACCAUCUCUUCCGUCCCCUUCCCCUUCCUCCCAUCUCUUCCGUCCCCUUCCCCUUCCUCCCAUCUCUUCCGUCCCCUUCCUCCCGUCUCUACUGUCCCCUUCCUUCCGUCCCCCAUGCCUCUUUGCGCAGGCAGCACGACCUGCACCAGCCCGGGUUGUCACCCCCAACCCGUGAUCACAGAGAUCUACAGCAGCACUAG